AUGAAGCCUAUUCACUUAACUGAUCAGAUUAAAUAUUUUUUAAGAUCUCGAAGUCUUCAGCUUCCCGAGAAAAAAGCACAGACUUUCGCAAGAGACGCUCAAAGCAACCAAACCAGAAUUUCCCCACAACAUCCUGAAUCACAUCGAUCUAUUGUAAAAAUAGUUAAUACAGCUGACAGAUCUAAGAAACACAGUCAGAGUGUUCAACUACAUUCGAUGGAAGGAGAAAAUCUCACUGAAGAAAUGUUAAGAGAAGCUGAAAUUGUUACCGAUUUUGUAUAUGGCAGCAGAUCCCGAGCGGCAGCUCAAGCUCUAUUAAAUCAAAGGUUUAACAGUGGUAUUUCUAAAGAAGAGAAGAGCAAAACUCCUUCUAAAUCUUAUAUUAACAACGGUGUUACAAUUUACUAUGUCGGAAAUUCCAAAAAAGAAGCUCAAAAAGUUUUGGUUAGAGGCGCGACUAGUCCCAUUCUUUCUGGUUAUGAAAAUAGGAUAGAUCAAUGUUGCAGUUUUUGGCCACAGUGCUCUCACAGAGAUUCCAGUGCCGCGAUUCGCCCCUCUCAUAGUUAUCCAACGCAUCAAAGGUCACUAGAUUCUUCCAGAGCGCCCCAGGUCGAAAGAAAAUCCCAAGAUCAGCACAAACGACGUUUGGCAUUAGAAAUGGAGAGGAGAAAACAACAAAGUUGUCUAACUGCCAACGAAAUUCAUGAAAGGCCUGGAACAGAUCGACGUACAAGUCCUAAUAUAUCUAUGAAACGCGAACAAGAUAGCCGCAAAACUUCGCCGAUAAAUCCAAAAAAUCGUACUCCAACAUUCGGCACUGUCAGUGGUUCAUCAUCGGGUAGCGAUGCAUGGUUAACAGCAUCCGCGUCUAUAAAAACUAGUAUGAAAAGUUCGGGUACGUCUUUACAUCGCGACGAAAUGUCUGAUGAUUUUAAUAAAGUGCGCGAAACGAUAGUCACGCGUCCAGGAAGUGCUCCUUCCGAUGAAAGAGAUAACAACACUUUGGAAAUGCAACAGAGAUCAAUGUCGUUACCGAAAUCUUUUCUUUCGGCUAGCUACCAGCCACCUGGUGGCACCCUUACGUGGCAAAAGCAUGGAACUGAAAGUGUCGGUUCGUCCCCUGGUUUACCCCGUAAAUUACCCACCCCAGAGCCAUCACUCACUGCCCCUGUGACGCCGCUCCAUGAGAACAACCGUCGCAGGUCUCCGGUGGGCAGUACUACGAGCAGACGUCCUAAAGCCACCUCCACCCCUCAGCUUUUAGAAGCAUCCAGCUCCGAAGAAAAAAGAACAGCUGAAGAUACUGAACAGUCAGUUUGUCAUUCUACUACCUCAGAGAACAAAACUUCGGGAAUGCGCAAGCAGUUAUCAGCUUCAAGCCGAGAAACGGAAAGCGUUAUUCAAAAAUUCCGAAAAACAUUCUCGUUGCACUUUCACCAUCAAAGAAAAUCGAAAAUUAUCGAUUUAGAGAAAGAUGAUCUAGUUUCAUCGCCGCCACCCUCUCUGGAUCUGUGCGAUCCAUCCAAAGAGAUGUCAAUGCCCUCUCACGUGCCGCCUGCGACGGCCACGUGUAGGAUCGAUCCACCGGCAUCCCCCACGCCACCUAGGAUUCCCACACUAGACGACGAUGUCGACGAUUCGACGGGCGAGCAACAAGCGACGUCUGCCGCCUCCAAUGCCGCCAUCGAACAAAAAUACAAGUUUGGUCCUCUAGUAUGGAGGAACAGCAAAGAAAAAAAGAAAUUAACAAAAGCAGCUAGGAAUGCCAAAUGUAAUAGUGGAGAUAGCGGCAUCCAAAUAGAGAUUGUUACGAGUUGUGGGGGUGCGGGAGAUAGUUCCGAGUCCCAUGACACCGAUCCCCCUGGCGAUAUUGACAGUCCUCCUGUUACCCGACGGAGACCCCACUCCGCUCCCAAAGGAUCCAGACCUCAUUCGGAACUUUUCAAUCAAAUACUUAUCGAUAAAUUUAAGGCUGAUUUAAAACAACGUGCUCACGCUAAGCACCAACAAGUUCGUAGAACUAGGUCAGACUUGGGAGGACGUCGUAUUUUAAACUGGGACCGCUCUUUCGGUAGAAUGUUUUCUUCACCGGGACCUCCAAAUAUGCAAAGUCGUUCACAAAGCCCAAGAAAAAAACCACCUGAUACGCCGCCUGAUGGAGUUGUUUUGCGAAAUAGCAGUGGUCUAGGACGAAGAGGAACCUUACGAAGAUCUCUGAGUCAACCGUUAGACAUCGAUAAGUUGUCGCCCUUAAUAAGAGCAAAAAAUGGUGGUAUGAAAUUAGGAUUCCACAUGGCCAGUGACGACGAACGCCAAGGAACUUCUGAUGAUGAAAUGAUGUCAGAUUCUGAAUCUUCAUUGGUAUCUUUAGUUGAUAGAAAAAAAUCUCUUGAUAUGGCUAUAGAUGAAGAGAUGAUUAUCUUAGCUGAGGCUGUUUUUGAUCACGUGGCGAUUGAAUCCGAAGAACUAGCAUUUCGAGCUGGAGAUGUCAUAGAAGUUGUGGAAACUGCCAACAGAGAUUGGUGGUGGGGUACAACCAAUGGAAAAUCCGGCUGGUUCCCUGCUCAGUUUGUGAGAUUAAGAGUGAGCCAGGAAGAUACUGUUGAGGAUUGCCUUGCCGCAAUGGCUUCGGGAGAGCGGAUGCCAUGUCAAAUACGACGUAGGACUAGUAUUUCUCUUUUAUCAAAUGACCAAGUGAGAACAAGUGUGGUGCGGGAACUGGUGCAUACUGAACGCGAUUUCGUUAAAGUGUUACAAGAUGUUGUUGAGGGUUAUAUAGCCGAAUGCCGUAAAAGAACUGAUAUGUUUAGUAAAGAACACAUAGAUACGAUUUUUAUAAAUUUAGAAGAUAUACUGACAUUUCAGUUGGGUUUUUUAAAAGACUUAGAGGGAUGCAUUGAGUGGGAUUCGCCGUAUAAAAGUUGUGUAGGAUCAUGUUUUUUAAAACACCGUUCAGGUUUCAAAAUGUACUCCGAUUACUGCAAUAGUCAUCCCAUAGCAACAGCUACGUUACAAGAACUGUAUCAGCUUCAAAAUUACAGUAAGUUCUUUGAAGCCUGUAGACUAAUGAGGGGUUUAAUAGAAAUCCCCCUGGAUGGUUAUCUACUUACUCCUAUUCAAAGGAUUUGUAAGUAUCCAUUGCAGCUGGCCGAACUACUUAAAUAUACAAAAGCUGACCACCCUGACUAUAAUGAUAUUAAAGAAGCCUUAGAAGCUAUGCGUGGUGUUGCGAUGCUUAUUAAUGAAAGGAAAAGAAGGAUGGAAAGCUUGGAAAAAUUGGCAGCUUGGCAACAGAGAGUUGAAGGUUGGGAGGGUGAAGAUCUUAUAGAAAUUAGUUCUCAACUAAUUCAUCAAGGGGAAGUAGUAAAAGUGACGACUGGUAUGUGGACCAAUAAUAUUACCUUAUUUUUAUUUGAUCAUCAAAUCGUCUAUUGUAAAAAGGAUAUUCUUAAAAGAAAUACGUAUGUAUAUAAAGGAAGAUUUUGUUUGGAUACUAGUGAAGUAAUUGACGUACCUGAUGGAAAAGAUGCUCACUUAGGUGUUACUGUGAGACACGCCAUAAAGUUAUACAGUUUAAUACGUGAUAAAUGGUUAUUGUUCUGCUGUCGAUCUUCCAAUGACAAACAAAGGUGGUUGAAAGUGUUUGCAGAAGAAAGAAAGUUAGUUGCUCAAGACAAAGAUGACGGUUUAGACUUUCCUCCUUCAACAAGGCAUUUAGCAAGGAUAUCUGCCAGAUCAAAGAGGAGACCUCCUCGAAAACCUAGAAAUGGUAAAAAUUACAAACACGAUUCAGGUUAUAUGGGAUCAACUCUGCAACUGAAUUCAACUUCGAAUAAUUCUUUGGGAAGAAGAGUAGGGACUUGGUUCACAUUUGCACACAAAAAGACGAGGCAUCAACAUUCAGAUGUUUCCUGAGAUAGAAAUACUUUAUUGUAAUACCAUCCAAACUGAGUACUAAUAAUCCAGUUUUUGGAUUGUAUUACAGUAAAUACAUUUGUUGUUUGUAGAUAGAAUACCAUACUUAUUGAUUUUAAUGCUGAAAGCAAUUGAAAUUUUGAAUUGUAGUACCUUUAUGAAAAUUAUUUUCUAAUGCUAUCUUUCAAAAUAUUACAUGAAUUACAUGACGGAUUAAACAAACGAUGACUAAUUCGUUUGUGUAAAUUGUUAUAUAUUAUUUAUUCAGAGAAAAUGUAAAUUUUCAGUUUACUGAACAACUUUUCUUGAGAUUCCUUUCAAACAAUUGCUGUAGCAUUACAAUUCACAUAAUUCUGUUAAAUAGCAUCAAAUGCAAUACAUAUAGUGAUAUUGGCUACUGCCGAAUGUGCUGUGCAAAAUGAUUAGGAACUGUUUGUAAUUGAUCAGUUGUGAUUUUAAAAUUAAAAUUUCCUCAAUAGUAAAUACUAAAAUACCAUUUUAACCAUGAUAUAAAUAAUAUUUAAAAUAAGUAAAUAUGGAUUUAGUCCAAAAAUUAAAUAAUUUGUAUUAUACUAAUAAUAGUAGUACUUGUAGAAUUAUAAUUAUCCAUAUUUUAUAAACACAACUGAAAAAUCAAUUCAAAUAACAGUAUUUAUUCGAUGUAAAGGCCUAACUGUAAAGUGUAUAUACAUAUUACAAUACGAAGCAAGGCCUCUAUAAUCUUUAAACUUUCUAUUUAAAACCCUUCUUUUCCUAAAAUACUGACUGAAAACUGUUCAUGUAUACUCUUAUCGCAAUUGUCGUAUCAAAUAUAUACUACGCACAAAAUAACUUUAUACAAUAUAGAUUGGAUUCGACCAAAGAAAUAAUCAAUAAUCAGUUUUAUUAAAAAAAAAAAGGUUCUGAGGUAUUUAAUAAUCUGUGACAAUGACUAAGCUCCAAUGAAUAAUUUGAUAAAAGUUGGGUUUGUAUUAUAAUUAUUUCACCAAUUUCAGUUUGGUCAUUGGAAUUAAACUAUUGUUACAUAUCUGGUAUUCAAUAAAGAUUUUUGAAAAUCUAUAGAAUGAGCUCUAGUUAUUUCAACAAAAUAAAUUUUAGAUUAAAAUGAUUUUUAAAAACUGCAACUGUAUAAAUAACCAAACAAUGAACAAGAUUGAAAGUGGCCCAAAGGAUAAAAUUCUAGCCAUAACAAAAUUAUUUGGUAUGGAAAUAAUUGACUGCAAAUGCAAUAAUAAUCAAGCUACCAACCACUUUAUUCCUGACGAGAACUGAAAAAGUGCUGAAUAAAACAGACAAAUCUUACCAAUCAAGAAUAUAAAGCCUUACCAAUCAAUCAAUACUCUGUUUUUAAGCUAUGAGGAGUAAUUUGAAUUUAAUUGGUAAUUCUGUAAAUUUCUUAUUACAGAUGGUGUUACUCAGCUUUCGUGACAUAAAUGAUCCAACAAUUAGGUAAAUUGUGCCUGUUUUGUUAUUUCUUGUCUUCAUAUUUAUGGUUUUAUAAAAAUAUUAAAACAGAUCUUAUCUCGAUAUUAUUCCAAAUACUAGUAGAAUUCUAAUUCAUUCCUCUAAAAAUAUGAGUUUUAGCUUAUUUAUGAUUUUGUGGUUCAUUAUUUGAUGACUACAUAAUUUUACUAUGACUAGUAUCGUACUUCAUCAUUACCGUUUAGAAGUUUUAGAGAUUUUUAAGUGUGAUUCGGGUUUCUCAAAAAUGGCUCUUUUAAUUAAAAACAGAUAAUAAUUUAAAUUCAGGGUAUACCACAAUAAGAAUCAGCAAAUCUACAUAAGUUUCAUUGAUUCUCGUUUUCAUAUCAGUAGCAACCAUCUGGAACAAAUGAGGAAACUGUUUAAAUUUUUUUCAAUGGUAAUAAAUGAAUGUAAUAUUUAAUGAAAUAUGUAAUUGAUUAUUUUUUCUAACUGACUCCUAUACUCAGCUAAAAUGUAAUAUAUUUCUUUACAAAUUACUACCAAUUACAAAUUCUUAAACCAACAGAAAAACUAUUGGUUGCCAUUAUUACAUAAUGAAAGUGUUAACAAAUACAUCACAUUUUCUAUUUUCAAGAGAUUAUAAUGAAGGAAAAGUAUUGAGUUUGCAUUGUAUCUUCAGCUUAUUUGAGUUUUCUGAAAUUGAAAAGUUGGCAGUUUUCGAAUUAUAUCCUUUGCUAUUCAAACGAAAAUAACUAAUGUACGAGUAAUAUAACAGAGGUAUUUGAGAUAAAUCCUAAUCUAUACAACGUUUAUUUUGCCCAGGACCUCUUACUACUUAUUAAUACAGGGUAAUUAUUCAGUGACUGCUUUGAGUGUUGUAUUUGAACUUAUUCUAACUCUCCAUGUGCCAAAUUUAAUUUUUGGUUUAAAAAUCACACUUCUCUGUAUUAAUAUCUAAAUUUCAUUAAAUAGUGGGCAUAUUUUAAAAUUUUGUAAGCUGUUUUUGAGACUAAACAUAAAUGUUGUUUUAUUAAAAUUUUCAGAUAAUUGAUCCAAUUACUUUUUAUCGUUAUGGACCAAUAUUUCUAGUAGAUAAACUUUUGAAAAAAUUCUUGUAUUAAGCUUUGAUCUGGGUAUGGUCAAAUAUGAGUAACUAUUUAGGCAAUGGAAAGGAAACUACUCGGAAAAACUAUCUAUUGAAUUAUUAACAGUGAAUUAUAUAUAAUAGUUUAUGAUAUUUAUUUUUUAACAGGCAUUGGAUUUCUUGAAACCGAAAAUUCGGUCAAACACUAAAGCUAGGCAAUUCAUAUGUUGAUUCUUAAGUAGUGAUCACUGUUAACGUUAAGUGUUCAAAGAGUCGAGUGAAUAACUAAUACAUAUUAAUAUGAAACAUUUUAUCAAUAUAUCCUUCUUGAAAAUUGUACCAUAUCAUGAAGUUCCCUAUCUAGAAAACUGUUUUAUUGAUGUAAUAUUUAAUGAGAAGAAGAUACGAUUCAAAGAUAUAUUAAUAUGUGUGAUAUAGUUAUUCUCUUCUAAAAUAUUUAAGUUGACAGGAAAUUCUUAAAUUAGAUUUUCUUUCCAUUGUUAUUUUUACAACUUGUUGAAAAAAGCAUCUUUUGUAAAUGUCAAUUAGUAUUAGUAUCUGUUUUCUAUAUGAAAAACUAUUAGAAUAAGCAAUGUCAUUAAUACAAAGAUCUCAGUGUAAGAGAGGUAUAAAUAACAUAUUGUUUAAAAAAAUAUGAGAUUCAAAUAUUUGGCUUAAGCAUUACAAUUUCACUAUAAACUGCUUUAUUGUGGCGACAAAAACCGUUCUUAUUUGUUAUACUGUUGUUAAUAUAAAAUCUUCCAUAGAGUGUCAGUUUUUAUAAUUUGUAUAUAUUAUAAAUACAUAAAAUUUUUUACUACUUUACCAACAUUAUAAAAAAAGCGAGAAGGUGCUUACUAAAAUGUAAUUCUUAAUCAUAUAGAAAUUUCAGAAGUGUAUCUUGUUUGACUUGCUUCUGUCUAUCUAAACAUAAAGUUUUUUAUAUAUAAUCUAAUGCUUAGUUGCUGCUUUGAAGAGAAGCUUCUUUCAUAAGAGGCAUCCACCGAUUACAUUCUAAUAAUCUAGUUCAAAUUAAAAUUUGAUUGAGUAGAUGCUUUCAUUUAGUUCCUACAAUAGGAUAUUAAGACUGCCAUUCGAAUUCGUUAGUCAUCCACUCACUACCACACAAUAUUUUUAAGAGGCAAGCAUUUUGAUAAGAUACAUCUAACUAGUUUUUCAUUUGAUACAUCAAAUACUAUUGGUAGUAAUUAUAACGGUUGUAAUAUAGGCAUCUACUGUUUUAACCUUGUAAUUCAGUUAACCCGGAGUAUAUUUUUCCUACAUAAGAGUAUAAUACAAAUAAGGCUACUACUGGUUAAUAAUUAUUCUCCGAACCCCAUUAAUGUAUUAAUGAAGUGUGUACUCAAAUUAGUUUGGUUAUUAUACCAUAGCAGUGACUUAACCACAUAAAGUAUUGCAAUUAUUAUGAUUAAAGUUACCUGUUGUAAAAUCUGACACUGUAAAUUGUUGCGACUUAUAUCAAGAGUAGUUUGUUUCCCAGUCCUAAAUAAUCUUUUCUAGAUUUCCCUGCAAUGUUAUUUGUCUUGUUAAUAGACUGAUAGAGUAGAAACAUAUUUAUCCAAAUAGUUGUUUGAGUUAAUAUUUUUAUACACCCUAUUUGGAAAGUUAUACAGGAAUUAUCUACAUUCGAUGCAAAAUUCUGAACAGAAGAAAAAUUAAAAGUAUGACUAGAUUUGCUAUAUUGUUUUAUAUUGGUUUAUUUCUUCUAACAAAAAAUGACCUGAUAUAAUAAAACUAGAGGUUGUAUCAGUGGAAAUUUGAAAUUUUUUCUCUCUGUAAGGCAUUCUGUUUUUUUUAAUCUCUCGAUUAUUUUUAAAAAUUGACCUUCACUUUCUGAACGAUAAUAUUACCAGAAAUCAAAUUUUGUUGAAAAAUGUCAAUCAGCAGGACCACAUUUAAUUUAAUGUGUAUGUAUGUCCCAAUUCCAGCAAUUCAAGUUGUAAUGUAUGAUGUAGGUCAAAACAAGCUAAUUGGGUAGUAGAAAUUAUUUAAAUAUAAUUUUGAUAAUUACUAAUUCAAUCAUUCAAAUAGGGAUACAUUUAAAAACCAUGCGAGAAUAAUAUAGUAGAUCAGUUAUAAAAUGAACGAUUCAAGUUGUUUAUAAUUUUGCAACGGAUUUAGAGCACCUCCUGCAAAUGGCACAAAUUAUUGUGCUUUGUUAUAAAAAAAGCGACUAAAGUGUAGUAAACAUAACUAUUGAAACAUAAAUAUAACAUAGAAACAAAAACGUUCACGAUGAUAGGUAGCUUUCUAAAUGAUAUAGGUAUUUACAUACACAUUGUGUUGCAAGCACUAAUAUGCAUAUAUAAUGCCGGUCAUCAAAUAUCUAAAAUGUUAUGACAGAUGUUCUUACAUAAUCAACUUACAACAAACCUAAAUAACGAACCCAUCAAUGAGAAUUGUACACACUUGUACUUAAUAUAAUAAGCCAAGAUAAUUUCACUAAAAUAUUUUGUUAAGUGUAGUUUGAGAAGUAUUUGCCAAAAAUAUUGUUUCCUGGAUAGCAUCUCUUCUGGAUAUUCCUCGACUACAAAAUCGGUUAAAAACAGUUACAAUAACUUUUUGAGCAUAAUGCACCCCUAUUUCAGUAGUGCCAUAAAUUCAUGAAUGCCAAUUUUACAGGGAAACCAAAACAAAAACGAUUGUAAAUGAAUUGUAUUUUGGAUAAGUUAAUUCUGUACUUAGGCGUAACAAAUUCGGUGAACAUACAGUUCGAAGAUGUCUUUACCUGAUUGGUGAUGUAAAAUCUACAGGCAGCUCUAAUUUUUUUUUAAUGAUAUGACACUACUUGUGAUAAGUUUAUUUAGACUUAUUGAGGAAUAAAACGAAAUACGACUUUAUAGGUAUUUUAGUUCAUAUAAGAAAAUAACACAAAACUAUCAAACCCAAAAGUAUUUAAACUAAAACUUGCCCACAAAAGUUGUGUUUAAACUUGUAAAUCUCUGUUUAAUGUAAGAAAGAACAACAUAUAAAAAAACAAAAUAAUAUUCAGCAACAUGAAACAAGGAUUUCAAAUUAAAAUAAAUUUCUUAAAUCUAGUAUAUCCUGAUAAAUACGUAGGUAAGACUUGGAAAUCACAAUGUCUUCAAAUAAAGAUAAUAAGCUUUUCUUUUUAUUUGCUUAAAUAUUUGGCUUACUUGUGUAGGCCAGGAUGAGAACCAAAUUAGAGUUAUUUUUUUCCUAUUUUUCUUAUAACUACCUCUUGGCAAUCUUCUCAUAGGUUUUCAACAUAAAACUUUUAUUCCAUUUAUGUCUGCGUCUGAAGAUUCUUUAUAUUAUAAAAAUCACUGCAGGUUAUGGAAGUAGAGCUCUGUUUUUGCAACAUCCCUAGUCGAAAUGAGAUGAUAUACUGGCGCACUGUACAUGCUGCAUACGCGAGUAACUCAUUGUAAUAGUGACUCUUUGCGCCUCACGCGGAAUCUGUUAGUACUGAUGAUAUGCCACUAUUAAAUCCUGUAAACUUCAUCUAGAAGUAUACAUUGGACGGAUACCGUCAAUUUUAAAUUUUUUUAUGGAUAUGGCGCUAUUCAAAUAAGAGUGCUAUGUUGAUAGAUGUCUCUUUUCAACUGUUUGGUCUUUCUUUCUCUCUCUGCUACGCUCUAGGGCGUAUACUGAAUCUGCAAAUCGAUGUGUUGAUGGUUGAUCUUCAAGUCCGAGUUACCACAUACUUUAAUAUCCACAAAACUUAUUGAAGAAUAAUUUGACCUUAAUACACCGCACACUUGCACAGCUCACAACUAAUUACUGACUGUGAACCAGGAAACUACUAAAAGUACGUAAUAUGUAUAAUACCCUAUUUUAUCUAUACUUUUAAAUGAUUCACUGGUUCUGAAAAUUAACUAUUGUACUACGGACCUGUGGUUAACUAUUUAGUGCGCAUUGGGGCGUCUCUUAUUUUUUUUGUGACUGAUAAGAUUUUCGUUAUUUGAAGACCGUCCCUCAAACUAUUCAUUUUGUCUCAGUCUACUUGUUUUUAAACAAAACUACCUCAAAUGGAUUAUUAUCGGGGCAAAUUGUUCCCUUCUACCAUUAGUCUGUUUUUAAAUUUUGAACAUUUUCCAAAAAACCUGAAUCAUGUUACUAGAAGUCCCUGGAAAGAAUGAAUCACUUAAAUAAACAUUGAGUUGUUGUUGGGGACGACGACGUAUCAGAACCCAUUUUUCAAAUAGGUGCUAUUUUUUUUCAUAAAAUAUCAAGAAACCACUACUAUAGAGCAAUUCUUUAUACAUAGAACGUGCCGAGUCAAACUAGAUGUGAUCUGACCAUUCAGGAAGCUGCAGAAUUGUUAACUUAAAUUCUCACUCGUUUAAAAACGGAAUAAUUACUAUCUAUUAAUUAAUCUGGAGUAAUAGAACCAUUGUUUAUACACACCUGUUAAUGCAAUCUGUUGAUUUAUCUAAGAUUCGUUACAUUAACUUGUUUAACCGGCGCUACGGUACUUUGAGAACCAGGGCUUUCUCAAAAUCGUCUAUUAAUCCUUUCUGUCCUGAGAAUGAUGAUUCCAACUGAUGUUGGGGUUUGAUAACCCCUAGCUGGGGCAGAUCCGCCUCAACAUGCUCUAAACAUCGAAGGCGCGUUCUUCCUCUCAAUCGCUGUCCUUCAGGAACUCCAUACAUGGCUCUGCGCGGGUAUCGAUCAGAAGGCAUAUUCUCCACGUGUCCCAGCCAUCUCAGAUGAACGCCAGCAAAUUCGCUCACUUAUCGUCACAGUUGAUGUCUCGCAUCCAUGUGACUACCCUCAAAACUUGAGCGUUCUCUGGAUUCCCCAGAGAUAUCCGUUCCCCGCAGCAACUCUUGUUGUCACUUCAUUAUCUUUAGUUAUUAAUGCCUCAAGAUAUUUGGAUUGGUGACACACAGGGCGAACUACUCAACCGCUCCUUAGAGGGAGUGAAUCGUGCCAUGAUGUCAACUGUUGAACAUCAUCCGCAAAGGCGAGGAGCUGUGUGAGCCUAUUGCAAAUAGUUCCUCCGGGAUUCGUUGGGAUGCUCCUUCCGGCAUCUUCCAGUGAGAAAUUGUCGAUGGUGGGUCUCCCUGACGCAAGUCUGUGUUCACAGUAAAAACUGUGCCUAGAGACCCCGAUACCUUCACUCUGCCAGAGGCGUUACAUUUACACAUUGUUCAUAUUGUUGGAUUCUAAACUGUUUUGUUCCGAAUAUAGGAGUGUUAAGGUCAAAACUGCUUCUGCUGAGGUUUAAAACGUUUAUCAUGUUUUUAGAAAUGAUUGGCGACUUGAAUCUGUAUCUCCAAAAAUUUGGCAAUUAAUAUGCUCUUUAAGUAGAAUUACAAGAGUUAUGAAGAGUUAUCGUGUUUUUUCAAUUGUUACCAAGUAAAUUGUGUAGAAUUUGUUCUAUUAGUUCAAACCACCUAAUUGCCAAUACAAAUGGUUUGGUACAUUUUGGUCGCUCUUAACUUUACUUGUUAGCAAAGCUCUCUCAAAGUUGAAUUUUACAUAAUAUACCAAUGUAUGAAAAUCGAUGUAAUAAACUUAUUUUAUAUGAAAAAAGGUUGUCUGAAUACCUUUACCAACUUUUCAGAUUCACAAUGAAAACUGCAAGGAUUGAAGAAAAUUAACUAUACACAAUAUACUUUAUUAAAUACAAUUCAAAUACACAAUUUAUAUCAAAAUAAAUAUAUGAAAGAAAAACUGCCUAAUAAUAAGUAAAAUAUAUAAUUGCACAAAAUUAAAGUAAACAAAUAGAUAGCUAUAAUGUACAUUUAUCAAAGAUAUCUGUCACAUACUCAAUUUAUACAGGAUGUCUAUCAACUCUUUUCAAAUGCAAAUUAUAUAUACUACAUGGAAUUGUAUGUCCAUCUAACUCAAUUUACCUUUAUCCAAAAACAGAACCGGACGUAGGCAUGGGCCAACCCGGGCGUGCGCUGGGGACCCCCGCUGCGGGGGGGCCUCGGACGAGCCAUAUGAUUUAUUUUUAAACAUAUGAAUGCAAGCGAAAAAAUACAUCCCAUGUUCAGCCAAUGUUCAGAAUCAACAUAAAUUCGCUAUGCGAAUAUUUUUAAGUAUAAUGCCAUCAAAUGCUAGUGGGGAAAGAUCUUUUUCAAGGCUCUCCUUAAUUAAAGAUGACCACCGAACCACAAUGACUCAAAAAAAACUAAAUCAAUAUAGCGUAUUGUGUAUUGAAAAUGAGCUACUGAAAUCGAUUGACUGCACUAGUGUUAUUGAAGAAUUUGUAGGUAGCAAAAUAAGAAAAAAAUGUUUUUAAUUUAUGAACGUAAUUUUGUACUAUUUUUAGUUAGAAAUAAUGAAUAAAUUGACUAUAAUGAAAAAUCAACUUUAUGUAAGAAUUCACGUAAAACGCCCGCCUUACAUAGGCCCCUUAAGUAUUUUGGCCCGGGGGAACAAACACCCUUUGAAGUUGAAGCUAUUAAGUAAAUUUUUAAACAUAUCUGCUACCUAAAAUAUAUCUAGAGAGGAAUAUGUAUGUAAACUUGUAAAAUCACAUUAGAUCAAUAAAGGUGAGCAUAUAGACUCACUAUCACAGUUUUCGGUAAUGAGACAAUUGCGCUCUUCUAUUGGCAGUAAUCGCGUAAUCAGCUUGAUUUACUUUGCGUUGAUACAGUCAUCUGGUUUAUGGUAUCCCUCUAUAGGGCAACUUUAGCAGAAUUUAAAGGGUUUUUAUUUUUCAGAAGACUGCCUUGCGUAUCAUUUACAAUACAAGAAAUCGAGUACAUUGCAGGGAACUCUUCAUGGAAUAUGGAAUCCUGCCAUUGCCUUGCAUGUAUAUAUUUGAAAAACUAUCUAUUCUUAGGGGAGUAUGAGAUAAGGAAAUUCCUUCUGAUGUUCACAAUUAUACACACAAAGGAACGGGUAGAUUCAUUUUACCAUUUCCCAGGCUACAUAAAACACAAUAUAACAAACUUGACAUUAGACUGUAUAACAAGGAUUUAGAUUUGCAUACUGAAAAGAAUGCGAAAAUAUGAGUCGGUUCUAUGAACUUUCAAAGCAAUUUUAUUGCAAAAUUGUUUUUAUGUAGUUGGAGACUACAUGUCUUUCAAUUUUUAGCCUUACUUAUUUCAUUCUUACAUAUAUAUUUGAUUUGUUAGAAAAAUAAAAAACAUAUUCACAAGAUUUGCUUUUCAUCAUCCACAAUACAGUAAGCAAAUCUAACUCUAAAAGCAUGUACGCUGUACUGAAGAGGCGCAUUGGUGCCAAAAUCGAUCAAUAAGUUAUGCAUUUCUGCAUGUGAAUUCUAACAAAAAGACAUGAUACCCAAAGAAAAUAGAGGUAACCACUGUCGUGGUUUCUGAGGGAAUGAUAAUUUAUUAUAUGUCAAGGCAUUCAAUCACGGAAGUAGCUGUUUUUCAUUCAGAAUACAUAAAAAAUUUUUGUUUUGAAGAAUAUUAUUAUCUAAUAUUUAUACAAAUCUACAUUUAUACAUCUACAAAUAUAUUAACCAAACAAAACAGCUUAUAGAUUACUUUAUCGUUAACUGUUGUAUGAUAAAAAAUUGUAGUUGUUGAUCUACAAGUGAAACUAGAUCCCUAGUGCUACUACUAAUGAGAACCAAAUUACUUUAUGUGACCAUAUCAAUUUUAGAGGUUCUGAAUGAUAGAAAAUGUAUUAAAGGAGCACAAUGAUGCCCACUCUUCUUAAUUACAAAUCAAGAUGGUUGACUUUGAUCCACUGUUGUUAUUGAACUUAAAUUCCUAAUCAGAAUCGGAUGAUGCUGAGGAGGAAAUGUUUUAUUUCUCAUUGAGGAAAAAAUUUAAAUCAGCUAAUAAAUUUAUUCUAUUGAAGAGACAAAAAGUGGACAAUUUACAAUUACAAUUAAAAUGAGUGAUACUAAUUUUGCUAAUUAUUAUUAAAUUAAUCCAAACCAGUUUGCUCUCUGUGUUUCCUUACCGCCUCUAUUAACUUUUCUUUUAUCAUUUUUUCGUAAAAAAAUUGAGGAGACUUUCUAGUCAUUCACACGUGUGGCACAGCAAACUGUGUCUGAACCACAGCGGGACACGGCUGUGAACUCACGCGUGUUGUGUCAGGUCGCGCUGCGUCGUUAAUUUACGUCACCUCACACGUGCUAUACGAGUCCCGAUUUGUGCGUUGCCUUACUAUCGGGUCUACACAAAUGCUAUUGUAUUUAUACUAGUUAAUAAAUUGUAUCGUAUCGUAAAAACUUCAAACUUAGUACAUA